AUGGUUCAGGGGAAGGAAAAGAUUAUCGUCGAUGGACAGUCCCUUGAUAUAGGCUCCGUCUUUGCAGUUGCAAGAUGCCAUGUGGAACCGUCUCUCACAGAUGACCGGAAAGUUUUAGCCCGUGUCAACCAGAGCAUUGACUUCCUAACCCAAGAGCUGAAGGCCGGCCAUACUGUCUAUGGUGUCACAACUGGAUUCGGUGGCAGCGCCAAUACUCGCACUGCUGACUAUGAAACAUUGCAAAAGGCAUUGAUUCAGCACCAUAACAGCGCGGUGGCAUUUCCUUAUCCUGGCAGCCAGUCUCCCAACCGUGAAAACACAACUUUGGAUGACCUGAAGAGCCAUGUCAUGCCCGCAUCCACUGUCCGAGCAGCAAUGCUAACUCGAUGCAACUCUCUCUUGCGUGGUCACUCAUCCGUUCGGAUUGAGGUUAUCGAAAACAUCAUUGCCCUUCUCGCGAAGGAUAUGACCCCAGUUGUCCCCCUGCGCGGUAGCAUUUCAGCUUCUGGUGACCUCACGCCCCUGGCCUACAUUGCCGGUGCACUGGAAGGAAACCCCGAUAUCUUGAUCCAGCGUCCCACAGCCAGUGGCUAUGAAAAGGUUCCAUCCAACAAAGCCUUAAAUGAAGCCGGUCUCAAAGCUCUGACUUUUGGACCAAAAGAAGGAUUGGGAUUGCUGAACGGAACAGCCUUCAGUUCCGGUUCCGCCAGCCUGGUGAUGUUCGAAGCAAACCAGCUGGUCCUCUUGUCUCAAGCACUGACAGCCAUGGGCACCGAGGCAAUGAUGGGUACCCGCCGCAACUACCAUUCUUUCAUUUCCGAAGUCCGCCCUCACAGCGGCCAGAGCGAAGCUGCUGCCAACAUCUUCGAUCAUCUAGAAGGAUCAAAGCUAGCAAUUGACGAAGGUCCCGGCGGGGAAGCCAAACUCGCCCAGGAUCGGUAUGCCUGGCGCACCGCACCACAGUGGAUUGGCCCCCAGUUGGAGAAUAUGAAAUUGGCUGCUGAGCAGUUGCAAUGUGAGCUUAACUCCACGACAGAUAACCCCCUCGUCGACCCUCCCAACGAAGAAAUCUACCAUGGUGGAAACUUCCAGGCCGUCUCUGUCACGUCGGCCAUGGAAAAGACCAUGUCAGCUAUGCAGAUGCUAGGAAAGAUGUUCUUUGCGCAGUGCUCUGAACUGAUUAAUCCUAUGCUGAGCAAUGGAUUGCCACCAAACCUGUGUUUCGAUGAUCCGAACAUCUCGUUCGCUUUUAAGGGUGUCGACAUCAACAUGGCUGCGUAUAUGUCUGAGUUGGCGUAUCUCGCUCAUCCGGUUACGAACUAUGUUCAAAGUGCUGAGAUGCACAACCAGAGUCUCAACUCUCUGGCAUUUAUCGCUAGUCGCUACGCUGGCGAUACCGUUGAGUUGCUUUCACUCAUGACUGCCACAUACCUCUACGUCAUCUGUCAAGCUCUUGAUCUACGUGCAUUGCAUAUAGAGUUUAUCAGUACGGCCCGGCCAAAGGUUGACGAAAUCACGAAGGAGCUUAUUAACUCAGAGAGCCGAGGCAUGUCAAUUGAAGCUUCUCAGAAGGGUGUGUGGGAUAUAUUGAUGGGCCAGUGGGCACAGAACAGCUCCAAGAACCUGCCUGAGCGUAGCUCAACGACCGUGGCUUCAUCCCUCGGACAAGUCCUGCAGCUCGUCGGUGUAAACAGCCUCAAGGCCAACCCCGAGCAGUGGAUGCAACAAGUGGAUGAUAUCCUGGUUGGGUCUUAUGCGGGCACAGUGAAGCAGUUCUUGACUGCAACUACCACGAAACAAUAUCUUGGUACUUCAUCAACGAUCCUGUAUGAGUUCGUUCGAGAAACUCUAGCAGUCCCCAUGCAUCGCGGAGUUAUUGACCACCCGACUUAUGACUCUGGCGAGCAGGCUUCGGAGAAGAAGACUAUUGGGUCGAACAUUGCUCAAGUCUAUACUGCCUUGCGCGGUGGGAAGUUUAUGGAUGUUCUAUUGAGAUGUCAUGCAGUUGCUGGCAACUGA